GAUAUGCGGGCGAACUGGAGUCAAACAUAUGAACAUUGCCAUGAUCUUGCGCACUGUUAUACAGAGACGAGGCUUCUUCUUGCCUUUUGUGUAUAAUUUACAACGGCGAGCUAUAACAGUCCAGAACCUCUGCCUGUCUUCACACAAUGAUGAAGUUCACCUGGCGGAGGAAGCCAGCAAGAAAUAUGGAAGUCCUGCUCCGACUAUAUUUUCCAAAAUUAUUGACAAAACAAUUCCUGCAGACAUAAUUUACGAAGAUAACAAGUGUUUAGCAUUUCGGGACAUCAGUCCCCAGGCUCCCGUGCAUUUCCUGGUUAUUCCCAGAACUCCUAUCCCAAGGAUAAGUGAAGCUCAUGAUGACGAUGCGCCGCUCCUUGGACAUCUCUUGGUAGUAGCAAAAAACCUGGCGAAGAAAGAAGGAUUAAGUGAGGGAUACAGAUUGGUCAUCAAUGAGGGGAAACAUGGGGCUCAGUCUGUGUAUCACCUGCACCUUCAUGUCCUUGGAGGGCGACAGAUGCAGUGGCCUCCAGGAUAGAUGACCACUCCAUCUAUUAGUAUAACCGUGAAGAGAAUAUAUAUUCAAUUUACAUAAAUAGCUAGUUACAGCAUAUCAAAAAUAAUAGAAAUUAUAAGAUAAAGAAUGGGGAAAGCAAUAUGGUUUGUUUGUUGUUUUUUUUUCUUCUGAGAAACAAACAGAAAUGAUUGGCCAAAAUAACACAGUAAUCAUAAAGUAAAUAUAUUUUUAAAUGGGUGUUGCAGAUUGAUGGACUAUGGAGUAUGUGUUCUAAAUAUUUCAAAAUAUUUUCACAUUAAGGUUUAAAAUUCUAAACUGUACUGUUGGUGUCAACAUGCUGGAGUAUAACCUCACUGCUCAGUCUAUUAUAGUUAAUAUUGAAUGUUGCUCUCGAACAAGAAAGUUGCUAUUGGUGCAUUAUGUGUCAAUCCACAAAUGCCUAACUGCAAAAAGGCAUUUGACCUAGUUUCCUCUGACAUUAACCUGUACCAAGCUACCCCCAGUGCUCAGACAUUUUAUCCGGUGCUUGACCCCAUACAUGGGCACUGUGCCAACUAAUUCAUCAGUUCCACAAACAAUAGGAAGAAAUAAAUAAUAAUCUUGAUGACUGCUGAUGUGUAGUGAUAAUAAGCCAUUUGACCCUCAGCUUCCUCUGAUCUUAAGCCUUCUACAACAUUUCAGCUCAUGUUGUUUGUGUAGUAACAGUAUUGCUUUACUAUAUUUACAUUUAUGUGUUUGGAAGAUGCUCUUGUUCAGAUUGUACACACAAGGCAGAAUACAGCACAGAAAUGAGCAGUUGAGGUAGAAGACAAAAAAAAGCCCUUAAAUUUAUUCAGUUAGCAGAUGCUUUUAUUCAAAGCAACUUAUAAAUGAGGAAAUACAAGCAAAGUGAUAUGUCAAGCAGAGAACAAACCAAAUAGUGCUACAAUACAAGAUUUAUAAUUGAGUUCUAGAGAAGCAAAGUGUGCAGAGUAGAGGUGUAAGAGUCAGAGUAAUUUUUAUAUAUAUUUUUUUUAAUAAUGUGGGGGUUAGCAUUUGGGGGGUUAGCAUUUCAGGGGUUAGUUAAGUGCUCACGGAAGUACUCUCCAGACAAGGUCUUGUACGUGAGCAUCAAGGCCUUGAGUUUAAUACGGGCGGCUACAGGAAACCAUUGGAGGGAGAUGAAGAAGGGUGUGACAUGGGUCCUUUUAAUAGUUAUGAUCAAAAAUGUGCACUAUAAGUCUUAGUGAGGAAUAAAUCUUAAGAAUGACGUAUGACAGUGACUCACCAUUACUGUACUAAGGGCCAAAAAAAGUGCACAAGAAGUAUGCAAAUCACAAUUAAUACCAAUGCUGAAUUCGCCAUAUUAAAAAAACAAAAACUACAGCUUGAUUGCUGAGUAAAAAUAUCAAAGCAUAAUGCAAGACGUUUGGAUGCAAUCGCAAAGUCACUAUGUGUUGAAAAAGUCAUAUUAUUUGUAAGAAUGUCUUAUUUUUUUAAUGUUUAUGUAAUAAAUUGCUAGAAUCACA